AUGCAGCUAAGCUCUCCUUAUCCCUGUCUGCGGUUCCGUUGCUGUCCGUCUUAUCCUGCUCCUCGUGGUACCCAUAUUGUCGGUGCCCCCGCUUCUAAGAAGCUCAUCGCCUUCGCUGGUAUUAAGGAUUGCUUCACAUGCAGUACUGGUCAUACCAGGACUAAGGGCAACUUCCUCAAGGCUACCUUCAACGCUCUCCAGGCUACUUACGGUUAUCUCACUCCUGAUCUCUGGAUGGAGCAGUUACCCGCCCAGAGCCCUAUGCAGCAGUGGUCCGACUUCCUCGCUGCCAGCAAGGGCAUCAAGAUGCAAUAAAUGUCUCUGUCUUAGUUGAUGAUGAUUAUCAUUGUCUUUGACAAGCAGUCGCAUUGUAUGUUAUCACGCCUAGAAGUGCCCUUCUGACGGUGUUUAAGUUAGAUGGCUCCAGUAUUAUAAUUGCAUACCACGUAAGGGUGGCCGCCGGCGCCGAUUCAAGACUCGCCUGUUGCUAAGGAGAAGGUUUCG